AUGAAGCCAGAGUUGCGAGAGACCUGGACUCCUGCCAUCAACGUUCUCACAUGGUUCAUGCUGGUGACUUCCAUUCUGAGUGUAUUUACUCGAUUAGGUACAAAGUACUGGAUAUUUCGCAAAUUAACCGUCGACGAUGUCCUGAGCAUCGCUGCUCUAAUGGCCUGUGUUGGUCAAUCCAUUGCAGUGUCCUUGGCUACCGAAGCUGGGCUCGGCCAGCAUUUUCUUCCAUUGGAUUCAUCUGAUUUGAAAAACAUGAUGAAGUCUCAAUACACCGCGAAUAUGCUCUUUGUUAUCAGCAUGUGUUGUUCCAAACUCGCCCUGAUGAUGUUUAUACGCAACCUAUCACCUGCCUCUCUCGAUCGGCAAUUUGCUCUUGGGCUGGGGAUAUUCAUCGUCGUCUGGGCAAUUACGGGUGUUUUCACGGCAGCUUUCCAGUGUCAUGUCCCUGCUACUUGGGAUUACAUAAAUGGCAAAUGCUUUGACUUGGUUGCAUGGUGGAAUUAUCUCGGAGCCACCAACAUCUUAUCUGAGGGAGGUAUCAUCGUCCAAGCACUGUUGGUAAUCAUUCGAGUCCAGGCGGAUAUUCACAAGAAGAUCGUUCUAUCCAGCGUCUUUCUAUUUCGAGUGGUUGUGGUUAUUGCGAUCAUCUGUCAGUUGGCUUACGCGAAGGAUACAAAAGGAUCGGAUGACCCAACAUGGGAUACAUGGACCGUGGUGGUUUCUACACAGAUGACCCAGGCAUUGAGCAUCGUCACUGCCUGUUCGCCCCAGUUCAAACCGUUCCUUGACAGCCUUCGGUCAUCGGGAAUGAGUUUGGGAGGAACAAGCUAUGGGAGCCGACAGAGAACCUAUGCUGGAACUACCUACAAGGUGUCGCGUGGUCAUCGCACUGGAGAUACCCCCAGUGAAACGCAUGAGCUUGUCACCAUGCCAGGAGACACUGUCAACCAGACUAUCGUGACAUCCUCGCCGGAUUGUGACGCCGAAAGCCAAACGAGUCAGUCGCGAAUUAUUCGCGAGGUUCGAACAUGGACUGUAACAGAGACCCGACGUGAUUACGGCUAG